AUGAAAAUGAAACUCCAUCACAAAGAGAAAGAGUCCCACCCACCGCACAUCCUCCUCACAAACGGCCGAUUCCCCGUAUCCCUCGAUCUCGCCCGCCAACUCACCCUCGCCGGCUGCAAAGUCUACUGCGUCGAUCCCAUGAAAUACCACGUCUGCCGCUUCUCAACCGCCGUCGCAGGAAGCAAAGUCGUGCCGGCCCCACGCACCGACACCCACGGGUACAUCGCCGGCGUGAAAGACGCCGUCGCAGCCUGGGAAAUAGACCACAUCCUCCCCAUGCACGAAGAGGAAUUCUACCUCGCCGAGUCCAAAGACCCAACUAUCCUAGGAAAGUUGUUUUCCCCGCCCUGGUCGCUCCUCGUCUGUCUACAUAGUAAGGGGCACUAUACGCGGAUUGCGCGGGCUUGUGGGCUCGAUACACCGGAUACGUAUUUCUGCAGGAGUAUGGAUGAUGUGAGAAGGCUUGAUACUGUGAACAAGGAAUGGGCAUUAAAGCCCGUCUUCGGACGCGCGAAUACAAACGUCUACCAUCUGAAACCGGGGCAGCCGAUUCCGCCGAAUAUCCCCGUUAGUGAGAAAGUGCAGUAUGUGGCGCAGGAGUGGAUUCACGGGGUGCGGUAUUGCUCGUAUAGCGUGUUCAAUCAUGGCACACUGCGAGCGCAUGGAGUAUACCCCGUUCUGGAGACGAUCGAUGGCAGCUCAUCGGUAUAUUUCCAGUCCUGUUCACACCCGGGAAUCAAGGAAUAUGUGCAGCGGCUGGGGGAAGGGCUAUACCCGCUCCACGGGCAAAUCGGGCUCGACUUUGUCGAAACGAGAGACAGGCUGGUGACUAUUGACUGCAAUCCGCGGGCGACAAGCGGCAUCCAUCUCUGGUCUGGGAGGCCGCAGCUCGCCCGCGCGUUUAUAAGUAGCGUGGAUGAAUUCACUGCUCCUUCGCGGGGACGACUGGGCACGGAGAUCUGUCGCCAGGUUUUCCCGGGGAUGCUGAUGUGGGAGCGCAGGGGCGUGAAUAUGAAACGGUAUCUGAAGCACAUGUGGCGGCUUGUUAGGGCGAGAGAUGUUGUUUGGGAUUGGGCGGAUGUGAUGCCUUCGCUUGCGUCGCCGGUGCUUCUUACGUACUACUAUAUUUUGUGUAGGCGGCAUCGCUUGCAGUUGCAGGAUUUGUUCCAGUGGCAUUUGAUAUGGGAGCCUACGGAAGAGUCGUUGAAGGAUAUCAAGGAGCUGGAUGGGGGACAGGGGGUGAAUCCGCAAGAGAUAGGUAGUUGA